AUGGGAAAAUGUAAAUUUAGCGACACAAUUUACGACACAGUGUCUGUGGAAGAAGGUCACAAUGCACCUACCCAGUCUAAAGUCUAUGGAUUAAGCAGAACGCUGUUCUUUCUUGUGGCAAUAUACACAAUGUUGACAAUAUCGCGUUUCAUGUGGGCAUUUCCACCGUUUUAUGAUAUGCUAUUAAGCUCAGGUGCUUUUGCAUGGCUGUGUGAAGGGACAACUGCUCCCGUAAUAAUUGAAGGAGUGAAACAACCAUUCUUAUGUUUGGCUCAAGACGAAGCUAUAAGCAGGAUAUAUAGUCUAAUUACUGGUUCUGUGCUUAUAUCGUCGAUUUUUGCUGGAGCGUUCAAUCUAAUACUGGGUGCUAAAAAGUGUGGGAUGAUUGGUUCCGCGUUAAUAUUUUGUGGCACAAUACUGAUGGGAGUUUCUAAUGAAAAUUUUAGAGCACAUCACGCUGCUGCCGUAUUAUUGGGUUUAGGAAUGGAUGCAGUCUCAUUCCCAUGCUUUAAUUCGACAUUGUUAUUUCCAGGUCAUGAAUUAUUUGUAACAUCUAUUUUGGCUUCGGGUAUUUCGGUAGGUAUGGCCUUACCUUUGCUCAUGAAAUUGUUAUUUGAAAAAUUUACAUUAAGUUUUGCUACACUCAUGAUUUGGUAUGCCUUUUUGGCUCCUGGACUUUGUUUUAUCCUUUACACCCUUUUUUAUCCCCCAAAUAGAUUUUAUAAGCAGCAUGAAUUGGAUACUGCUCUCCAAUAUAUUUUAUCAAACGCAGAGGACAGUCCUAAGGUAGGCGUGGAAGAUGACGUAGCACAUUCUCCCCUUGAAAAUGAAUCAAAAGAUUCAGAUGACCACUCCAUUAAAAUGCGAAUCUUAUCUGCAUUUGGAAUUUCCAACCAAAAUUAUGAUCUACUCUGUAAAUCACUUCUGUCAAUGCACUUUUUGUUGAUUACUGUGGUGUUUAUUUGUGUCAUGCUUACAUCGGUGUUUUAUAUGAGCGCCAGCAGCCAACUUCUUAGUAACCAUCACAGGAAUGUCUUGGCAAUUGGAAUGCCACUGGCAUUUAUACCAUGUGUAGUACUUUCACCGUUGUUGGAUAGACUUGGUUCAAUGUUUGUGCUCUGGUUUGAGGUCAUUUUCGAAUUUUUUAUGAUCCUAUUCCUGUGGGUGAAUAGCAAUGUUGCGAGAUUUAUUUCAAUCGCUUGUUACUCAUUCUACGCUUCUUAUCUAAAUGGCCAACUUUGGGUAUUUUCGGUCGAAACAUUCGAUCCAUCAAUACACACGUUCAUGCUAGGUCUUCUGAGCUUUGUGGGUGGUAUUUCAGCAUUAAUUGCGCCUUACGCAUAUGGGUUAUUUAUAGAAGGAUCAGAUUCUGGGAUUGCAAAUGGUAUACCGUUAUUCCUUGGCAUUGUUGUUAUUCAAAUUAUAGUUUUGGGAUUUUUACAUGUUGUAAAGCACAAGAAAAAUAAGAUAUUUUAA